AUGACUAUGAAAAAUAAGUUCAUUCAAGUACAAUUCGAAAUCGGAACACAAGUGGAUUAUCUCGAUGCAACAAUCCAACUGGUCAAUAAUGACGAUGAUCCUCGUGUACUUCUAUUGGAAACACGAGUACAUCAUGAAACCAAAGCGGAACCAUAUGCAUUACCUUAUGUCUAUGAUUAUACAUCGUAUAUGGAGUUCUCAAAAUUAAUUCGAGUAGCAUUGAUUCGUGCUGCACUUUGCUGUUCUGAUAUCGAUCAAUUCCAACAAGAACGACAAUAUAUCGAACUAUCAUUUACGAUGAAUCAGUUUCACACUCGUUAUAUCCACAAACAUGUCGCUGCCUUCUUCAUGGAAUUCAAUGUGGAAACAUUCGAUGCUGGAACGGAAGAUCCAAUGAUGUACAAUCAAUUACGUGCGAAUGUGAUCGAUUAUGAUCAAAAGCGUCAACGAAGGUCAAUCAACGAACAUCACGAACCAACCAAUCCUCCAUGCCUUCCCUCGUCGAAAAGAUUCUCCAUGUCUAAACUUAUGAGAUCUUACCGUCAACGUCAUCGAAUACGUCCAUCCAAUGUUCGAAAACUUUUCAAUUAA